CCGUGUGCAUUCCGCUUGCAGAUCAAAACAUUCAGAAACAUUUGGCCGACGGCAGGGUUGCACUUGGACGACCAAUAUAGCCCCCUCAAAUUAGGAUGGGGGACACCACUAAGGACCAGCUGCGGGCGCUGGUCUCCUUCCCCGCAUGAAUCAACUUCCUGUCCCACGCAACGCACAACAUUUUAUAAGCCUUCUCCCCUGGAAUAUAUAGAUCUCGGGGCGUCUCGCGUCAUACUAUUCCCUUGGAAUCUUGCUGUACCUCGAUCACACGGCAACAUGAGUGUCGACAACAGGGUAGCUCGGCGGCUCGCGCUGGUGACUGGUGCUUCGGGAGGGAUCGGUGCUGCUUGUGCUCGGGCAUUAUGGGAAGAGGGAGCAUCCUUGGCACUCACUUAUCUCUCACACCAGGAGUCCGUAGAUGCGCUCGCAAAGGAGCUUUCCGCAAGCGGUACCGACAACCGUCGGCGUAUCACCAAACAUAAGGUUGACACGAGUUCCGUGGAGGCCCUCGAGAAGCUCUUUGCCGAGAUCAGAGAGCAGCACGGCCAGGACGCGCCAGACAUCCUUGUCUCCAACGCGGGAUACGGCAAGAGACUUCCCGGCAUACUGGACGUCACCUACGACGAAUUCGACUUCACGCUUGACGUGAACCUCAAGGCAUCUUUUGUGCUUUCCAAGUUGAGCAUACCGUACAUGGAGGCACAGGGCUGGGGCAGGAUCGUGUUUGUCUCUUCUAUUGCUGCCAUUGGCGGUGGUAUCAACGCCUGUCAUUACGCGGCAUCAAAAGCUGGACUCAGCGGCAUGAUGAAGAACCUCGCCCGCAAGCACGCCAAGUCCGGUAUCACGGUUAAUGAUGUUGCGCCCGCCAUGAUCGGCGAGACUGGCAUGAUCCCCAACGCCGAGUUCGUCGUGGGAACAUCAGGCGACGUCAGAAACAUCCCGGUGGGCCGCCUUGGCACGCCCGAGGAGUGUGCCAACGUGGUUAUGAUGUUCUGCAAGACCGGCUACUUGACGGGACAGAGCAUCUUGCUAAGUGGUGGAUUGACAUAGAUGAUUGACACUGCGGCGGGAUCUUGCAGCCCACGGCGAGAUUGCAGUGCUUGUAAGGGAAAGACCAAUGCUGGAUUCUAGACAAGACUGGAAAAUCCAGUUUGCCUCCAGCUCAGAAUGAUCCUCUCCGACCGCAUCAUAGCAUUGUAAUAACCAGUGUCUUGUGGAUUGCCAGGCUCUCAAUGGCCCCGCCAUCCCCCGCCAUUUCUCCAGUGUUUUGGGAGAAGAUGUGGAGGAGCCGCAGCAGUUUGACCUAGUUCGAUGGCCGGCAUAUGGUAACUAAACUGCGACGAGCUUUUGCUAAAACUUACAAAAACAAAAGGCAGACUGUACUAGCGUGGAAGGCAAUGGGAGAGGGACAAGGCUGUGUUUAAGUACUUGUCGAAUUACUUUGCGCCCUGCUGAGUGACUGAGUGGC